AUGGAGAACACAAUCAAAGAAUGGCUAAGGUAUGCCAAGGACAGGGAUGAGGGAGGAAGAAACGGACACAGAUCUAGAAGAAAAGAAGGGGGAGGAGGAGACUCGGGAAGAGGAAAUGGAGCCUUAGGAGAGGGAUCAGAUGGAAAGUGGCAAAGAAAGAAACCAACAUAUGAACGCCGAGCAGGGCAAAAAAUUGAGGAGGUAGCCAAGCAGUCUAUGGAUAGAGCUGCCAAAGAAACAUAUAAACUAGAAAUGAGGGAUGCCGCACAUGAGGAAAUGACUGCCGCUACCGUGGAGAUGGGAGAAGUCAUCGAUGACUUGGGCGUUGGGCUCAUGCCUGAUGCUUCGCCAUCCUUACGUUCAAGAAUUGCUACAUUUCCCCAUGAGCCUGAUUCACCCAACACAGAUAACCAGGACCAGAGUGCCGAUAGUGAUAUGAACAGAGAGAGAGUAAUUCCUUAUUCGAAUUUCAGACCACUGCUGCAUCUACUGCUUGCACACCAUUAAAUCAGCAAAAAGUCUACAAGGCGCUGAAGAAAACAGGCACUCGACAAGUCAAGAACCGGUAUGUGAAAAGAAAUAUUGCUACAUUUCCCUAUGAGCCUGAUGCAUCCAACACAGAAAACCAGGACCAGAUUGCCGAUAGUGAUUCGAACAGAGAGUGUAGUUCCUUAUUCAAAUUUCAGACCACUACUGCAUCUACUGCUUGUUCAAGCAUUGCUACAUUCCCCCAUGAGCCUGAUGCAUCCAACAGGACCAGCGUGCCGAUAGUGAUAUGAACAGAGAGAGUAAUUCCUUAUUCAAAUU